UGAAAGAGCUACAGCACUCCGAGCGCAUAAAGGAGGGCGACGCUGAACCUUUGCAUGUCUUCGGCCACAUAUCUGUGCGUGGAUCUGCUGACGCCCGUGCACCGCAGCCUCUGCAGCGGCCGCCGUCUGCCGCGCACAUCUGUCCGUGCAGGAACAGGACGCUGACGGAGCUGGCGAUGAUGGCGGACUGUGUCGGCUUCCAGGCGCAGAUCGCCUCGAUAAUCGAGAUCCUGGCCAACUCGGCGGUGGCGGAGAUAUGCAAACUGGUGGACGAUGGUUACGCGGCGCUGCGCUCUCAGAUGGAGCAGGAGCGAGAGAAGAGCGAGAAGGAGAACGAUGCCCUGCGGCAGAGGCUGCGGGAGAUGGACGUGAAGAUGCGGAGCUACGAGCGGAAGAUGAGGAGACGGACUCAGCGCGAGGAAAAUCAUGCCGUUCAUUUUAGGCCACCCGAAGGACCUGAUGACCAUGAACCUCUGGCGCUCCCUCUUCCAGCUCUUUCUGAAGGCAAAUCCUUUCAUCCAGUUUCAAAGCAGGAGGAAGCUAAGAUGUUUACACUGGUGAAGCAGGAAAAAGAGGAGAGAGAUGACUGCAACCUGGACCUCAAGGUGGAAGUUAAUAUCAGGGCAGAGUGUGGCAUUGCUACAGCUUUGGAGCCCAGUGAGGAAACCCCGCCUUCUGAUCUUAUUCUUGACAACAGUGCCACAAGCCUCACCUCUUCCACUUCCCAAAUAUCUUCCUCUCCUACUGAUGCGACAAUGGACCUGACCUGCAGGCCUCGAGCAAAACGUAAGACCACUAAGCCUCUAGGGAACAGUGAGGGGGUUCCGGCCCCUGAAGCUGCUCGCAGGGACCCUACAGGGAACUUACCAGAUGGUGCUCUGAAACCAGAGAUCCAGACAGAUGAUCCCACUGAAGAUGAACUUCAUCCCUCUCAACUGUCAGCUACUGUAGCUUCUGACGAGUCUAAUUCUGACCGCCUCAACAGCCUGGGCCUGGAUCUGGCCUGGAUGCAGGAGCGGGUCAGUCAUCUUGGUGCAGCCUAUGCAGUAGCACAGCUGGGUUUGGGGAACACAGAUAGUGGGCAUCCUUCUGCCUCAUUCCCCUCACAGGCAGGUGGAGACAGUCUCGAUGGUCCCCCAACUAUGCUUUUUACAGGUGGUGCUCAUGAGAUGGCUGCUUUUGCUGCCUCUUUUGACAUGGCUGCUGCUGCUGCUGCUGCUGUAGUUGCUGCACCCCCUCCGCCUCCACCCCCCGCUCCUCCUCCCGCUACAGCUUCCUCUGGCACUACCAGCAGCCAGAGGCGCCCUUACAGGAGCAGCACUACUGCUACUAAAGAACCAGUGGUAUGUGCUGUGUGUGGACGAGUCUUCCCCAGUACAGCUGGCCUGGAGCUGCACCAGCGGGUGCACACAGGGGAACGACCUUACACCUGCCCUCACUGUGGAAAGGGUUUCGCCCAGCCCAACAACCUGCGGGUUCACCUCCUCAUCCACACUGGUGAGAGACGUUAUCGAUGUACACUAUGUGGGAAGAGUUUCAUCUCAUCAAGCCAUUUGAAGAGGCACCGCACGGUUCACACGCAGGAAAAACCCUACAGUUGCUCACGCUGCGGACAGUCUUUCAGCCAAAUGUGUAGCGUUCGCAGACACCGGCAGCAGUCUCAGUGCGGCCUGUAGAGUGAAUGCUGGAGGAAUUCACUGAUCCACAUACAGUCCGGACUCUGAAUGGUGAACCAUUUAAAGGUGGUAUUCAUUCAUCUAGUGUUAGCUUGAACACAAAGAGUGAUGUGAUGAUGAUCACAACAUGUAGAGUAAAUGUUCAUCCUAAAUCAGAAGUUCAAUUUUAAGGCGGGUUUACCCUAAAUUACUCUCUCUUCAUACCUGUAGUUUAACACUGAGAGAAGGCCACAGAGUUGGCCCUCAGAGGGCCUAAGACAGUGCUAGCAUUUAAUUCAUUUGUUAGGAAAUAGAAAUGUUUGUGACAGACUGUCUGGGCCCUGUUCCAGAAUGCAGGUCUAACAAACUCCAAGUCUAACCAUAAAUUGUGAGUUGAUGGAAAACUUCUGAAGUUUCCGUUCCAGAACGCAUAAUCAGAGUUAGUUCAGACAACUCUGAGUAUGUUCACUCUGAGUUAAGCACUUGUGUGAACAGCGAAAAAUGCCCUCACUGAUCAAGCUAUGAUGCCAUGACUCGCUGUGGGGUCAAUGAUAAAUAAAAGAGCAGAAUCUUUAUUUUAUUCCAGUGGCACAAGGACUAUGAAUGUGUAUCGGUGUGCUUCAUGCCUUUUUACCUUUAAAAAAGGAGUGGAGAAAAGAGUGACUUUAUUUCACGUCAUCUACUCAGUCAUCAUUUAUUGAAGAUCAAUUUUCAUUAAUAGAUAAAGCGGGAAUCCGAUAGUGGACUUUUCAUGUCUUAGUUAAAAGUGAAACACCUACUGAUUCCAGCAACUCCAGAUCGUGUUGUAUUUUGUGUAGUCAGCAGCAGUAAGUAGCAAUGAAAAUAUGAAAUUCAGUUUUUGAUGGGCAGGUUGUAGGCUCUGUACCUUACAUUAUAAAGCACCAUGAGACAACAGUUUUUAACUGGUGCUGUUUAAUUAAAUUUAUAUUGAAUUAAUUAAGUAGCUGUAGUUGGCAAACAGCAUUUGUAACUCUUGCAAUUCUUAAAGUAUAUCUGUCAAAAUUUAUUACAUUUUUAUUAUAAUGAACUUUAUUACAUUUAAUAAAUAUUGGUUAAUAAAGUAUUAUAAAAUAUACCCUCGGUUUACAGCAAAGGUAUGGGAGGAGGUGUAGCUGUUUAAUUCCAAAACCCUCUUCUGGCAUUAAAGGCACUGCAAGUAUUUACUAAAGACAGGCAGUUUCACAUUUGUGACUAAAAGGCUUAGACAUACAUAUUUUUGAGGUUGGCUUAUUGCAUAUGUGUUUGUAGGAGUUUAGCAUUCAGAGUGCAGAAUUUGGGGAGCAGAAUGAAUGAAUGAUAACUAUGAUAAUCAUAACUAUGAUACUGAGACUUGUGGCAGGAGUAAAGCAGUUUUUGUGCGUGAUGUGAUUAUGAUUGUUGCUGCAUGUAGUGGAGAGACAUUACACUGGUCAACAAAAAACCCUUUUUGUCUAUUACCUGAGGAAAAACAACAGAUUUUUACUAAGUUGGAUAUGCUGAUUCUGAAUAUGCAAACAGAAUUUCUCUAGCACGUCAGGAUCGUAAGUUACGUAACUAUGCCAAUAAAUGCCAAUCGCCAAACUCGACGUCAGUGGUUUUAUUAGAAAAAUACACUAUGAACAUUCUGGUGAAAAAAGGCACAGCUGGGGUGCCAGGAUAGCUCAG